UGAUCUUCAACCAGGAUGCACCGGACAACGUGAAUGUCAAAUAGUGUUUUAUAUACUGAAUUUAACCGUCACAAUGAAGAAAUCGUUUACCUCUUUUGUAUUUUUACCUCUUUUGUAUUAGUAAUUGUAGCUCCAUAUUGCAUAAUAUAGCGUCUGUAACUAAAACUAUUUAAUUGCUCAACGUCGAAAUUUAGAGGCAUAUAGUAACAAUGUUGCCGGCUAAUAGGUUGUGGUUGUCUGAAGCAGCUCUUGGAAUGUGGAAAAGCCUUCGAUAUUACUGCCAGGAGACACCCAGAAAGCUCAGAAUAUGCGAGGCAAUCUCAAAUUUAGAAGUGGGAACAAAAAUCAAAGUGCAGGGUUGGGUUCGCUCUGUGAGACCCCAGAAGGAGAAUCUGUUCCUCCAUGUGAAUGACGGGAGCUCCCUUCAGUCUCUACAGGUAGUGGCCAGCUCAGAGCUCAACCACAGACUGCUGACGUUUGGGAGUGCUGUGGAGAUCUCAGGGAGCCUGGUCACGAGUCCCAGCCGCAAGCAGGACGUGGAACUGCAGGCUGACCAGAUAGAUGUGGUUGGAGAAUGUAACCCUGUGGACUUCCCCUUUAAGAUCAAGGAGAAACAUGGUCUGGAAUACAUCCGUCAGUUUCCUCACUUGAGGUGUAAAACCAACGCCUUCAGUUCCCUGCUGAGAAUACGCAGCGAAGCCACCACUGCUAUACAGCAAUAUUUCAAGGAGAAGGGCUUUAUUCAGGUCCACACCCCAGUCCUCACCUCUAAUGACUGUGAAGGAGCAGGAGAGCUCUUCCAGGUUGAGCCUGCAGGUCAGGAAAAGAACCAGGAUGAGGAAGGGCCCCAACACUUCUUCUCUGUCCCAGCGUACCUGACUGUCUCUGGGCAGCUGCAUCUGGAGGUCAUGGCUGGGGCGUUUCCUGGAGUGUACACUUUUGGACCAACGUUCCGGGCAGAGAACUCUCAGAGCAGACGUCACCUGGCUGAGUUCUACAUGGUGGAGGCAGAGAUCUCCUUCACACAGUCACUCGAGGAUCUAAUGAAGGUGAUGGAAGACUUGGUCAGGUCUACAACAGAACAUCUCCUGUCUCAGUGUCCUGAAGAUGUGGCUUUAUAUCACAAACACGUGUCACCUGGAUACAGGGACUAUGUGGAUUUAAUGAUGAAGAGGAGUUUUAAUGUGAUAACCUACACAGAAGCCAUAAACAUCCUCAACAGCAGCUCCAAGACAUUUGCUUUCAAAACAGAUUGGGGCUCUGACUUGCAGACAGAGCAUGAGAAGUACCUGGUGAAACAUUGUGGCAAUGUUCCUCUCUUCGUCACAGAUUAUCCCUAUGACCUGAAGCCCUUCUACACACGAGACAACCAGGACCAGCCGCUACACACUGCAGCAGCAGUAGACCUAUUAGCCCCCGGAGUAGGAGAGAUGUGUGGAGGUUCUCUGAGAGAGGAGAGACUGGACCUAUUGAAGACACGUCUGGCACAGGCUGGUUUGGAUGAGCCAUACGGAUGGUAUUUGGAUCUGAGACGGUUUGGUUCUGUCCCUCACGGUGGGUUUGGUAUGGGCUUUGAGCGUUACCUGCAGUGUGUUGGGGUCGACAACAUCAAAGACGUUAUUCCAUUCCCCAGAUACUCCCGCUCUUGCCUUCUGUAAACUAUACACUGAGUAUACCAAACAUUAAGAACACCUUCCUAAUAUUGAGUUGCACCCCUCUUUGCCUUCAGAACAGCCUCAAUUCAUCAGGGCAUGGACUCUACAAGGUCUUAAAGAG